CUGGGCAGGGAGCUGCCGUGGAUAUGAAGAGGAAUCGUGGAAGAGGACUCAGUCCGACCUUGUCUGGCUCACAGUCCCGUGCCUGGUUGUACGUAACGCUGCUAAAAUAGUUGGCCGCGUUGAAAGACCAUUCGGGCACGUACACCUCUGGCUUUCAUUCAUAUUUUUAUCAGCCACACAUCCACGUCUGGGUGAUGCGCACAGGAAUACAGCUGCACUACUCCAACCUCUUCCGCAUAUUGGAUUUCUAUGCAAAGAGACGGUCGAUAGUGUCCCCUCAAGGAUUCGGGAAAGAAGACUGUCGCCGACACGGAAUGAGUAUUUUUGGACUUUAAAAACGCUUUUUUCCCCCCUCACCUCUGCGCAGUUCUGCAAGGGUUUCCUUACAUUUACGAAGUAUUCGCUCCAUGUGUAGGAUAUUUACUUGCAUUGCUUAGAUCUCAGUAUAAACCAGUUUUGGACGAGCCUGUACCGUGCGUUGCAGGAGUGCACACUUUCGAUCAUAAUGCAUUUGAUUUAGGGCGACCUCUGAUUAUACAAAGUGCCAAAAUAAGCCGGAAUGGCAAACGAGUGUAAUCGCACUAUUGUAGAAAAGUAUAUCUGCCAUAAACUCUCUAAGCGGGGGUACGUGUGGGGAUUUGAUGAUGCCCGAGAUCAAGAUGCUGCUAAUAACGGGUCAGUAGGAGAACAUUCACCGACUUUGGUUCGCCGGUGCCGCGACGCAAGCUCAGGGCCUGACGGCGAGAACAACCCCAACCUCUGCAGACGGCCGCUACAGUCCGACCAGCACGCCGCCAUCCACAGAGUCCUGCGCGAGGCUGGGGACGAACUUGAAAGACUAUACCAGCUGGACUUUACGGAGAUGUCUCGACAGCUGUAUCUCACCUCCAUCACGGCGAAGAGGCGGUUUGCAGAGGUGAUAGACGAACUGUUUCGGGACGGGGUGAAUUGGGGCCGGAUUAUUGCUUUCUUCGAGUUCGGGGGUACGGUGUGUGUGGAGUGCGCGUCCAAGGAGGAGAUGACAUCGCAGGUGGACAACAUCGCGGAGUGGAUGACGGAAUAUUUAAAUGGACCUCUUAACAGCUGGAUAGAAGAUAACGGGGGAUGGGAUGCUUUUGUGGAACUGUAUGACAGACAGAGGGACUCCAUCUUCAGCUGCUACUGGCCCUCCAUCAAAACUGUCUUCGGUCUGGCAGCGCUUGGAGCAGCCAGCCUCACCAUCGGAGCAUACCUUACACAAAAAUGAACAACAGCUCAUCUCUAACAGCUUAACUAUAUUUCCUAGCAUCUUUUUCCUCUCCUUGUACACCCCCCAUCCCCCACCUCUUUUUUUAAAGAUGCCCCUGACCCCUCAGAGACAACUUUCAGACUGCAUCUGGCUCUCUUCAAAGCAUCUCUCAGAAAACUUCUUCCCUCUUGCCCCUUCAUGUCAAAACAGACACAAAUCAAAACAGCAGAAGGAAUCAGAGGCAUGGCCCAAAGAGCAAAGGAUGUCUGGAAAAAAAGAUGCAUCUAAGAUGUAAUCACACUAAGCUGAGUACAAGUGAGGAGAAACAAGGAUGCAUGUUUUUCUAUGUUUUUUCCCCCCUGCUUGCUUCUGUAGUAGUAAUAGCAUGAAUGUCGAGUGUUAGUGUAGACGUUGUAUGUGUGGGACCUCUAUUUGGAGAGUUUGAUGGCAGGGGUGCGAGAAUGAUUACACCGGAGAGGAAGCGCCUUCAGCUCCACCCCUGCUUGUUAGGGUGAUGGACCCCGUUUGAACUGUGGACUCCUGUUACCUCCCUACAGCCGUCCUUCAAAGCACUUCCUCUGCAGAACAGCUGCUCAGAAUGUAUAAUGGAAAUGGCUCCAUACAACAAGCGCAGUGUGUGUCUGCUGUUUGCACUCCUCAGACAGCUCUGGUGAACUCUGAACACACUGCACCAUUAUACUCUACUGGCUUGUAAUGGAGGAUGGGAAGACUGAGAUUGGCUCAGGUUUCUGUUGCAGAGUUGUGAAACCUCCUGGAUUUUUAUGUUGGUUCUAAUUUUUCUGGCAUGGCAAACCAAGUGGAGAAGUUUGAGUGUGGUUUUUCAAGGAUUAAAAAAGAAGAAGAAAGAAACCCUUCAAGGUAUGUUGCUGAAUGUCCUGAGAGAAAUGUAGAGCACCACAGAGAGAGAGAGAGAGAGAGAGAGAGAGAGAGAAAGAGAGAGAGAGAGAGAGAGAGAGAGCAUGAGGCAGACACAAGGCCUCUGCAAUAUAACUGGACAAUUUUAAGAGCGCAUUCCUCAAGCAGUGUAAUGUGAAGGAGACCACCCCUAAGCUAAAUUACUCCCCAGUAAAAGUCAAACAAUCUCAGUCAUUACUGUUUGCACAAAACAACUCUGAAAGCUCUUAGUUCUGCUGCAGCUCCUUAAAAAUAAAAAAAAAUUCACAAGACCAUUUGUGGUCCAAAUGGAUUGGGCUCGCCCAGGUUUCAGAGCCCACCCCAUCAACAUGAGUGCUCCAGUUGCUGCAGUACCACAAUAGAGAAUCCAGUGACACAGACAGCUGUUGACGUGGACACAGAACGUUCUGCGUGGCCACAUGUGACUGAAUGGAUACCACGGCAGCAGUGCUGAAACCUGAAAUGUCCCUUCUCUCCAGUCCGCAAAUGCAUCCAACCAUUGAUUUGUUUCUUUCAGCCUGUUUUAUUGAUGUUUGUCUUGUGUUACAGUCUGAUGGAAAAUUUUGGAAUUGCUCAAAGGUUCCAAAAUAUUUUAUGUACUGUUCUCAGCAAGAGAGAGGUGAUUUUAUUUCUAUGUCUUUAAAACUUCUUUGUUGCAUGAAUGAAAGAUUACUAUCUUAACACAAUAGAUAUUUACAAUGUGUAACUGUAUUUAUAGCAGAACAGGCUAGAAGAGGUCAAUAACAACAAAGAAGCUGCAUUCUUUUUCCUAUUUAUUACGAGGUACCAGAUCGCAGAUUUUUAACAAUACUUUCAUGACAAAUCAGUCACUUUUUUUCUUUUCAAUGGAAUCACACUGUAAUUACUGGCUGCUAUUAUAACAAUGUUUAAAAAUUAAUUUCUGUGUUGUGUUAAUAUUGGCUUGAGGCUGCUAUACUAUCAAUUUAACAUAAACUUACAGCUUAAACUGCCACAACUUUACAGUAUAGAGCUAGAGCUGGAAACCAAAGUAAACUUGUAUUAAUCCUUAAUUUAAAGUAGCUUAAUGAGAACACACGUGGAGGGUUUGUGUAGUGUUACUGAACUAUAUCAGCUUCACAUUUCCCAGCUUUGUACUCAGAUGAUAACUCGAUGCUUUUCUGUAAAAUAUUGACCCAUCAGACCCAAACCUUGCCUCAGCAAUCACUACAGAACCACCAGAUUCUCAUUACAACAGCUCCCGGUGUGUGAUAUUCUCAGUGGGUGAUUCAUGGGCAGGAAUAGGAACAGCUUAAGAGCAAUAUACUGUCAUUUUUAUAAUCUCUGUGCAUAUAUGAAUGUAGCACUGUUGUUGCUGUACUGUUUUGUCUAUACUCGCAAAUCUGUAGCACUUAAAAAUAAAGUGAAUUGUUGUUUCUGUUGUUUACUGCUAUAUCCACAAUAAGCUAGCAGGAUCAUGUUGCUCCUAAUAAACCAGAUUUCUUGAGCAGA